AUGCAGCGCCUCUCCCAGAUCUCCAGGCACCUCCCCCCCGUUUCCAUUGCUCAAAUACCACGCAAGGCAUAUCGCACCACCGCGCCCCAAGUCGUCACGAUGCCCAAGCUUCUCUACCCCACGUCGCUCGCGCUCGACCCCAAGCUGCUCGAGGGCUACAGCGUCGACCUCGUGCCCUACGACGUCAGGCAGAACAUCCCCGAGGACCACACCGACGCCGAGAUCCUCGUCACGUGGACCAACACGGCGGCAAACCUCAAGGACGCCGCCCGGCGCCUGACGAAGCUGAAGUGGAUCCAGUCGCUCGCCGCCGGCCCCAACGACGUCCUCGGCGCUGGCUUCGACCCGGCCAAGAUCACAAUCACCACGGGCUCGGGCCUGCACGACCACACCGUCGCCGAGCACACGCUGGGCCUGCUGCUGAAUGCCGCCCGCCGCUUCUACGAGAUGCGCGACCACCAGACCCAGGGCAAGUGGCCGGGACACCUGGGCGGGCCGCAGCCGGACAGGCCGCAGGGCAACUUCACCACGCUGCAGGACGCCAACGUGGUCGUGUGGGGGUUCGGCAACAUUGCAAAGUGCCUGACACCGUGGCUGACCGCCCUCGGCGCAAACGUCAAGGGCGUGGCGCGGUCCAAGGGCGUGCGCAACGGCAUCGAGGUCUACGCCGAGGACGACCUCAAACACAUCCUGCCCAACACGGACGCCCUCGUCAUGAUCCUGCCCGGCUCUGACGCCACAAAACACGCCCUCAACGCCGAGCGCCUCAAGUUGCUGCCUAACCACGCCUGGAUCGUUAACGUAGGAAGAGGCACGUCGGUGGACGAGGAUGCGCUGGCCAACGCGCUCGAGCAGGGCAGCAUCGGUGGUGCCGCGCUCGACGUCUUCGAGACAGAACCCUACCCCGAGGGCGGCCGUCUGUACAAGACGCCCAACACCAUUGUCAGCCCGCACGCUGCAGGCGGCAGGCCGCAGAACCCAGAGAACCUGAUUGCCUGGAACCUGAGGAAGUUCCUCGCCGGGCAAGAACUGAAGAACGUCAUCUGA